CAUUACAAGGUUACUAUGCAAUUGCGACUGCUUUCUCUGUGUUUUAUCAUAUUGAACUUCUUGGAAUACAUUGACAGCCAGCAGAUCCCCAGAGGGAGGCGACAUCGGAGAAUGCAUCCUAAUGUCAGCCAGGGUUGCCAAGGAGGAUGUGCUACAUGUUCUGAUUAUAAUGGCUGUUUAACAUGCAAGCCUCAGCUGUUUUUCGCUUUGGUAAGAAAUGGAAUGAAGCAAAUUGGAGUCUGUCGUCCCUCCUGUCCAAAUGGAUAUUUUGGGAUACGAUCACCAGAAAUAAAUAAAUGUACAAAAUGCAAAGCUGACUGUGAAACAUGUUUCAACAAAAAUUUCUGCACAAAGUGUAAAAGUGGAUUUUACAAACACAACGGAAAGUGCUUAGACACAUGUCCUGAAGGGUUUGAGAACAAUCACAAUAUGGAGUGCACCAGUGUGGUGCACUGCGUAGUUGGGGAGUGGAGCGCUUGGGGUCCGUGCACAAAGAGGGGGAAAACCUGUGACAUCAAGCGAGGAAAUGAAACAAGGGUUCGGGAAAUUUUACAAUACCCUUCACCUAGGGGCACACCCUGUCCGCCAACAUCCGAGACAAAAAAAUGUGUAGUAAAGAGAAAGAAAUGUCAAGACAGUCAAGACAGACAAAGGCCAAGAGGCAACAGAGAUGAAAUAAAAAAGAAUAAACAAAGGCGAAAGAAUGGUGACGCUCCCAGAAAACAAAGACAGAGAAAGCAAGAGAGAAAUCAGCGAGAAGGAAAGAGAGGGGAGGGCAAAGUCUAA